AGCUACCCAACUCAACUCGCCCGCCAACCCCUCCUCCUCCUGCUCCCCCCAAAGAUCCUUUCAAUUCGGUUUCGGGCUUCGUGUCUUCGCUCCUGAUCGUUCACGAUCCCCCGCUGCGUUGUGUGUGUUUCGUACGUGCGUCGUGCGAACGGGAGAAUCUGCUCCUCACGCGGAAUUACCAAAGUGCAGACAGAGCUGCUGCUGCAGGACCUUGACCCCGGCGCGCGAGCUUCCUCCUCCUCCUCCUCUCCUCCUCGUCGUUUACCGACAUCGCCGCACGCAAUCCGCCGGCCACCACCACCACCACCGCCACUACCGGCCACUUUCUCCUCCCCGCAUUGCCCCGGCCCCGGCUCGCCUCGCUUAGUUGUUCUCAUCGAACUGCUGCUGCGCCGUCCCUCCGUCCGGUGACGUUUACUCGCCCGUCCCGUCCGUCCAACACUUUAGCUCCAGCUCCAGCUCCAGCCCCGACGUCCGCGCGGUCCCCCUCGUCCCAUGGCCUAGCCGCGCACAUGGCGACGACGGCCCGCCCUCACCACAGGGCCUCGUCCGUUGCCUCGUCCACGUCGUCCGACAAGCUCCCCCCCCUCGCCCCCGUCACGCCGUCCUAUGUCGCCGCCGCCGCCGUAGCGUCCUCUCCGAUCCCCGCCUCUGCGACCUCCCCUUCCCUCCGAGAUACACAUACGACGGCGGCGACGACGACGACCUUACCCGGGCAACCUCAGCAUCAGCAACGACAACAACAACGACACCAACAGCAGCAACAUCAACAACAACAACCAAACUCCGCCCCCCCGCCGUCCGUCCACCCGUCCAUCCUCCAGCCCCGCGUCGCCGUCGUCCUCAACGUGCCCCCGCCAUGGCACCCGUGGCUCUUCGCCCUGCGCCUGUGCUCCAUCCUGCCCGCGCUGUGGUGGGGGCUGCCCUGCGCCCUUGAGCUGCUCCUCCGCCUGCUGCCCAACAACGGGCCCGGGCGUGCCCCCCGCGGCGGCGGCGCUGCUGCGAGGCCGCUCGCCGCCGCCGGCGUCCUCGACGACGGUGACGGCAUGGGGCCCUUUGCCCUCACCGAGGGGGCGCUCGCGACGAUAUGGUGCUUUGCGUGCGGGUAUCUCUCCUUCUUCUUCACCGACUGCCUUAUGUCGAGAUGGCUCAUCAACUACACCCCGCAAGCCACCAUCGUCCGCCUCCUCACCAUAAACGCCGUCAACGCCUACCUCACCCUCUCCGUCCUCUCCCUCACGGGCGGCUUCCACGACCAGCGCCUCCUCCUCCCCGGCUGGAUCGGCAUCGCAACCACCCUCACCGUGUGCUAUCACAUCACGCACCAAAAGAUCAACAUCCGCAAGGAGACGUCCACCUCGGUCAACGUCUUCUCUAUAGCCAGCUACAUCACCAUGGUCACGCUGCUCGUCCACAUGCACUCGUACCUCGUCGACUACCCCACCAUGCCCUUUGUCGCGCGCGGGAGGCAGCUGCUCAACGACGGCUGGGGCGCGUGGGCGAGGGUCAAGGGCGCCAUUGAGCGCUCCGAGCUGUAGCGGGGACCCGGAGGAUAAUGGAUGAGACGACGGUUGCAGGCGUGCCCAUUUUCCUCUUUCUCUCGUGUUUCUCUUUGUCUCUUCUUCUCCGUCCUCUUCGCCUGGGCCCGUCAUUCUUUUCUACACAUCUUGCGCUUGGCGACCUUCGCACUGACCACAGCCCCUGCGUCGUGCAUCGCCAUCAGCUCAGGGCUGUUUCCCUUUCGCCUUCUUGGAUACAUGGCCGGCGUCGGGCUUGGAGUGGACAUUUGUAUCUAUACUCGCACGCGGCGUCACGAGGUCACGGCGUUUUUGGAGGAGGCGCUCGCAGUCACACACGUCACAAGGCUGCACACGCGUUUUUGCCAUCUUCUUUUUCCAUUUAUUGCCCCAGGCUACGGCUGGGCUUGCCUGAGAAUACAUAACGAGCGACCGACAAGCCAUGUAGAUACUUGGCCCGUAGCCCGACUCUCGUGUGGGAUAAGCAGAACGGCGGACCGUGCCUGCUUGGCGGCGACGGGAGCGCAGGCCGAUGAUCCCCUCAUCAUCCAUGAUGAAUAAAAAUCUCGCGGCGUUGGGAAUGGGUGCGCCCGUCGUCCCUGAACGCUUGGA